AUGUCGACGUCUUCUCGCCAGUCGUGGCAGCCCGGCCGCCGCUUCAAGCACCGAAGCAAAGACUCGGGCAGGGUGCGCGCUCCCUCGCGUGCGCGCUCCCAGCUCCUCGUUGUCGAGCACGACGAGGCCCGCAGCUUCGCCCUGCGAACCGCCUACCUCCACUACCUGCUGCAGCCCAAGGCCAAGCGGAAGCAAUACGUUCCCGCCCCCCGCCAGCCUGCGCGAUCGCACACGAGUGUUGGACAGCUUGUCCAGGAAUAUGUCUCCGGCAGCUCCUCCAGCCUCAAGCUUCCGCAUAGCUUCGCCGGUCAGCUGCUCGACCGGGUCAGCGGCGUCUUGAGGGGCAGCGAAACGCUCCCCGGUUUCAACGACGCGGCCGUCAAGCGGAGUUUCGCCGAAGCAUAUACCGCCUUUUCCGAAAAGGCCUUCCGCAAGACCAUGGAAAAGGAGAGAAAAUUCGAGCCUCUGGUCCUCAUUUUCUACUCUGCCGCCACAAAGGCCGCCCAAAAGGGACGCGCCCCCGACGACGACUCGUGGAAGUUCCUUCCCGACCGCCACCUAGCCUUGUUCGUCCGCCUCGCCGCCCACAUCUUGCGACAACACGGCCACGACCGCGACCGGCCCGAGCUCAUGUCCAGGGUUCAGUCGUUGGAGAGCAAGCUUCUCACAAACGAUCAAAAUCUGGCAGAGACGGGCUCCGACGGAGCUGGCACCACUGUCGAGGUGGUCGUGCCCUUGAGCUACGAUGUCAAGGACAUGCCCAUGGUCCAGGUCGUGGCUGCCAUCUUUGGUUUGAGCCUCUCGGACGUGCAGGCCGAGAUCAACGACAACCGCCCCGUCUGGACAGAAGAGGCCGCUCUGAAGGACCUCAAGGCAUACCAACUUCGACUCAACUCGGACAAGCCCGGUGCCCUGAGGAGCCAAGACUUUGGUAGCCAAGACGGCUUCAACGAAUGGAAGAAGUCCGAGGCGCCGCAUCUGUCGCAGAUGAUGCUCGACAUCCUGACCGCCAAGCCGGAGCUGGCCAAGAAGGCGGCCAGCCGCGUUGAGAAGCCCCUACCGAGUCGGCCGCAGUCCGUCUACGAAGAUGACCAGGCGUGCGCGAGCCCGAGCCGGCCCCUCUCUCUCUUUGGGGAGGGGAUGUUGGGGUUCGACCCAGCCCUCGGCCUCAGCUCUUUAUCCAUUGAUGCCGAGGCCGGUGGCACCAGGGCUGUCGAGGAACCCAUCUACACCUUUAUUCCCCCAGAUCCCAGGGCAUUUUACAAGUACAUCCUCCAGCAUGCCAUGGCCUUUGACCAGCUCCAUGCCGGCCCGGAAUUGGACUACCAGCCGCUCUCCAAGCAGUCCAUGGAGCUGAUGACGGAGCUCUGUGUGCGAUGGCGCGUGCCUCAGUCGGCCCGACUGAUUGCUCCCCUCGAAGUAGCGGCCCGCAAGUUCCUGGACCGGGAGAUAGUUCCCACCGAGCUGGAUGCCAUAUUCGACUUCGUCAAAUUGCCAUUGCCCGAGGCCAAGAAGCCUCCUCACAUAUCCCAAUACUCGGCGCCCCUGGCCGAACUCGACCCGAGCCGAUGGACAGUUUACGACUUCGCCGUCUAUCAGCAGACCCUGCAGGGCCUGCACGACACGCUCCUGCGCGAGCUCUACGAUCUCAUGGAGAAGUGCUAUGAUACAAAACCGCCAGACAUUGCCGCCGUCAUGUUCAUUCUGGACAGUCACAUUGGCAGCGAUCCAAUCUUCACCCCCAACCCUUCCGCCCAGGCCGAGUUCACGGGUCAUCUGGAACAGGGCCUCGCCCAACGAGCCGCAGACGUCUACCGGGACUACAUGGAGAAGGAGAUACCGGCUCACAAGGAGGAAUGGGAAUUCGGCCACAUUGUCAAUCUGGGCAAGUCGGUCACGAAGCUAUGCGAUCGGAUCCGGAAGCGGUACAAGAAGAACCCCUUGAUUAUGGGCGUCAACCCGCUCGAGAUCUUCGUCGCGGAGGUGCUCCCCAGCUUCGAACAGGAUGCCGGUGCGAUUAUCGAGGCCAUAAUAGGCGGCGCUGGCGAGAAGGGCGACGAGAUUGCCAUCCAAGAUGGCUUCGAACUGUACAGAGAGUUGGUUGAGAUCCGCCGUAUCCACCAGGAAUCGCUUCCCGACGUCCCGUUUGCAUUCAACAUCGAAGACAAGCUUGCUGGCUUCGUGUGGCGCUGGAUUCGCAAUGCGGAAGCGAAGAUGGCAGAGUUUGUUAGCGAGGCCAUCAAACAGGACCAGUUCCAAACCGUCGACCAAGUCUUUGCGCUGCAGUGGGACAACGACGAGCAUCACGCGAGGUUCAUGACGGCGCUGGCACGAAUAGCCGCGUCGGGCAUCGGUCAUUACUGCGACAUUGUCGAGCAGCGAUUCGCCAAGGAGAUGGACCGCCUGUCGGCCGAAGAGUUGGCGUCGCAAACAAGAACGGCGCAGGAGAAGUGGAUGCAGAUGGCAAAAGACGCGUGGAGCACCAAGGAGAAGCUUGAGCCAUUUCAGUUUUAUCCCGAGUCCUUUGUGAAGCUCAACAACGUUGAGUACGCCAUGCAAGAGCUUGACAAGUUGGAAAAGAGCAUGAACUCGGAGGCAUGCGCCAUGGUGCUGGAGCAGGUUGACGGCCCAAAGAAGACGACGCGCAAGCCCAGUAUAUAUACCUUUACCAUCAAGGUUGUCGAGGCCGAGGACCUCAAGGCUUGCGAUCCCAGCGGGUACAGCGACCCCUACAUCGUCUUCGGCGACGAAUAUCAGAAGCGCCUGCACAAGACACGAGUCAUAUACCGCAACCUCAACCCACGGUGGGACGAGUCCUUUGAUAUCACUGUGCAAGGCCCGGUCAAUGUCAUAGCGACCGCGUGGGAUUACGACACCUUUGGCGACCACGAUUAUGUGGGCCGCACGUCGCUCAAGUUGGACCCAGUGCACUUUGGCGAUUACCUCCCUCGCGAGUUUUGGCUCGAUUUGGACUCGCAGGGCCGACUACUGAUCAGGGUCAGCAUGGAGGGGGAGCGAGACGACAUAGAGUUCCAUUUCGGAAAGGCCUUUCGCCACCUCAAGAGGACGGAAAGGGACAUGGUAAGAAAGAUAACGGACAAGCUCACAUCGCAGAUCAACGCGACAUUGUCCCACGAGACGCUUCGGAGUCUGCUGGGGACAGGCGGCAUUGGUGCUUCGGUGACGAGCCUGUGGAAGAAGCGAGCAUCGACCAUACCCGUGACGACGCCGAGCCAGAUUGAGGGGGCUCUCACGCCUCUGUUUGCGUACUUUGACGAAAACUUUGCCAUUAUGAAGCAGACGUUGACGGACGCCACCAUGACGGCCGUCAUGGCGCGACUUUGGAAGGAAGUGCUGAUGACAAUGGAAAAUCUCCUGGUGCCACCUCUUUCGGAGAAGCCGUCAGCCAAGAGGCCGCUCACUCGCAAGGAGCUCGACGUGGUGUUUCACUGGCUCGGGAUGCUCUUUGCCUUUUUCAAUGCCAGGGACGAACAGUCCGGGGAGCAGCUGGGAGUGCCGGCCGAGGUGCUCAAAUCGCCUAAGUGGCACGACUUGGCAUCGCUCAACUUCUUCUAUUUUGAGGACUCGCCCAGCCUGAUCCGCGAGUCGGAGCGCAUGGCGUCGACGGCGGCGCAGCAGGCGCAGCAGGCUCUGCAGCGGCAGGACGCGCUGCAGAACCGCAUGUCGGCGCCGGCGAGUUUCGGGGCCAGCAUGGGCAACGUCGGCGCGUUUGCGAGCAUGGGGACCAUAAGGCGCGGCAAGAGCAUCAUGAUGAGCCGCAACCUGGGGACGAUGCGCAAGGCCAAGGAGGCGAAGCGGCGGGAGGCGCAGGCGGACCCGAGCGACGACAUGAUUCUGCGUAUUCUUCGCAUGCGGCCCGAGGCAGGGCAAUACCUCAAGGAGAGGCACCGUCAGAAGGAGCGGCAAGCGGCGACGGCGGCGGCGGCUCUGAUUGUGAGGAACAGCGUCGUGCAGGGGUGGAACACGGGGCUCGGCAACACGACAACGGGACAGCUGGGGCGGAGGAACCUGCCCCGACGAUAG